AUGAAAGCUAGUGCUCAUAUUCUGGCUCUUUAUUUUCGCUCGCUUGUUUUGGUACUCUUGCUCGGCCACGUAUUUUCCGUCAAGAAGUCAUAUGUGGUGUACUUGGGAGGUCAUUCACAUGGAAAAGAAGCCACACAAGCAGAUUAUGAUAGAGUCACUCAGUCUCAUUAUGACUUUCUAGGGUCAUUCUUGGGAAGUAAGGACAAGGCCAAAGCUGCCAUUUUUUACUCUUACACUCGACACAUCAAUGGAUUUGCUGCAACUCUCGAAGAAAAUGAAGCACUUCAAAUAUCCUAUCAUCCAAACGUUAUAUCCAUAUUCCUGAAUAGAGGAAGAAAGUUACAAACCACGAGGUCGUGGAGUUUUCUCGGUCUCGAAAACGACGACGGAGAAAUUCCUGCCUACUCUUUAUGGAAUAAGUCCAGAUUGGGUGAAGAUGUCAUCAUCGCCAACGGGUUUGUUUUCUUAUAA